UUCUAAUUGAUGCCCACCUCAGCACCUCGGGGUACAAAGCAAACGAUCAAAGCGAUCACACCAACUACACAAUUACACAAGACAAGCUAAGACACAGAGACUCUACAAGAUGACAGCCAUGACUCCUACUCGCUUCGAGCUCAGGACAACUCCCACACGCACUCCUUGUUUGACUGGAGGCAGAUAUACCCGACACAAGACCCCAUCUCAGAGGAGCACCCCAGGCGAUCGCUUCAUCCCCAGCAGAGCCUCCACUGACCUCCAGUUUGCUCGGUUCAAGAUGAGCAAUCGUUUGACAGAUGAGAACAGUCCACCAGACAAGCAGAUGCUUGACCAACUGCUGGGGUUGCAAGGCUUGAGCUCCUCCAGUAAAACCUUGGGCUUUAGCAGCACUCCUCAGCAAGGACGUCAACAGAAACAAUAUUGGCAGCAGUACACACCCAAGCGUCGAGUGUCCACCAAGAAAUCCAGACCUCGCAAGCUACCCAAGAGCGCUGAUCGUGUUCUGGAUGCCCCCAACUUACUCAAUGACUUCUACUUGAAUGUACUCGAUUGGAGCAGUACUGGAGUAUUGGCCGUGGCAUUGCGUGAUACUGUCUACCUCCUCAACAAAGCUAGUGGAGCCAUCGACCAGUUGAGUGUGUCCUCAAGUGAAUACGUCUCCUCUUUGGCCUGGAACAAGACGGGCAAAUAUCUUGCCCUUGGUACCAGCAAUGCAGAGAUACAGCUGUGGGACGUGGCUGCCUCUAAGAUGGUGAGGGGGGUCAAGAACCACACCUCUCGAAUUAACAGUCUGGCCUGGAACACAACCAAAGGCCUCCUGUCCAGUGGCUCUCAAAAAGGCCUCGUACAGAACAUGGACCCUCGACUGGCCCAGAGUCUUGUCUCAUCCACUCAGGCCCACUCUCUGGAUGUGUGUGGGCUAACGUGGGGCUCGGGGGGACGACUGUUGGCUAGCGGAGGCAAUGACAAUCUAGUCAAGAUCUGGGACAUGUACAACAAGGACCCUUGGACCCAACCAACCCACUCCCUCAAGCAACACUCAGCUGCAGUCAAGGCACUGAGCUGGUGUCCGUGGGACUCUAGUACCCUCGCUACCGGAGGGGGCUCGGCUGACAAGACUAUCUGUGUCUGGAACGCUUGUACUGGUGAACUCAAGAGCUCACGUGAGACGGGGGCACAAGUCAGUGGACUAAUAUGGGCACCACAACACAAGGAGAUCCUCUCGGCACACGGGAAUCCAACCAAUGAGCUUGCAGUUUGGUCAUGUGACCCUUCUUCGUUUGAGCUGACAUGUACUGGUCAUCUGAGUGGGCACGAAGACAGAGUGUUACAUAUGGUAGCAUCUCCAGGAGGGGAGACCGUCGUGAGUGCCGGGGCUGACGAGACUCUGAGGUUCUGGAAGAUCUUUACCAACAACAAAGCCAAAGCCAUCUCGAGCAAAACAGACUCUCUAGCUCUCACUAACUUUAUUAGGUAGCGUUUUAUACCUGAUCAUUCCAUAAUUAUUAUCUUAAUUUGUAUUAAUUGAUUCUUUUAUAAUUAUUAUAUUUCUUGUGUUUGUUUAUCAAGAUUGGAAUUGCUGAAAAAAUAUCUUAUUUUCCGAUAAUAAA